AAACAUAAAGUAUCUAAAAUAUUAUGAUACAUUAGAAAAAAAUUAUGCACCGUCGAAAUGACUUGUUUGAAGUGUUUUUUGCUUAGUAAAUAUUCUGCUAUAAAAUUUAAUUUCUUUAAAAAUGUUAAAAGGAACACGUCGUCAAAAGUGAAACCUAUAAAUGUAGGGAAGAAAAGAUAUUCUGAUACUAUACUCUUACCAAAAACCAAAUUCCCGCUUCACAUAACACCCAAAAACAGGUCUGAAAAUGAUACCAUGUUAUUCGAGACAUGUAGAUUUUCAUCACUAUACCAGUGGCAGAGGGAGAAUAUCAAUGGCCCAAAAUUUGUACUUCAUGAUGGUCCACCGUAUGCCAAUGGGUUGCCUCACAUGGGCCACGCAGUCAACAAGGUGCUGAAGGACGUGACGCUGCGUCACAAGCUGCUGCAGGGGUUCAGGGUGCACUACGUCCCCGGCUGGGACUGCCACGGACUGCCGAUAGAGCUGAAAGCCGUGCAGCAGGUCAUGAGGAGCGACACCUCCAUGUCCGCCGUCCAGAUACGGCACACAGCCCGCGAGUUUGCGCGGAAGGCCAUAGCUGCCCAGCGGGAAGUUUUCCGGUCGUGGGGCGUUCUGGCCGACUGGGACGACUGUUACUUCACGUUUGACAAGCAGUACAUGAAGAACCAACUGCACCAGUUCUUCAACAUGUACGAGCGUGGCUUAAUCUUCAGAGAUCGCAAACCAGUUUUUUGGUCCCCAUCUUCAAGGACGGCCCUGGCAGAGGCGGAGUUGGAGUACGUGCCGUCACACCGAAGCCGGGCGGUGGUCGCCCGCCUGCGCCUGACCCGCGUCCCGGACCCCGCCCGGGGCUGCACCGCGGGCCCCGCGUACGCCCUGGUGUGGACCACCACUCCCUGGACGCUGCCCCUCAACCAGGCGGUGUGCUACGCCCCCGCGGCGCGCUACACCCUCGUCUCCUUGGACGACUCGGGGGACACGUACGUGGUGGCCCAGGACCUAGCCGCGGAGCUGGGCAGACAGCUGGGGGCGACGGUCGAGGUGCUCACCACGUUCGAAGGCAGCUGCCUGAAAGACUGCAGCUACUACCAUCCUUUGGAUGAGAGAGCGCUGCCAUUCCUGCCCGGGGAACACGUGACCACCGACAAGGGCACUGGAUUGGUCCAUUGUGCUCCCGGACAUGGUCCCGAUGACUUCCUGGUAGCACUCAAGCAUAACAUUGCAGUGGAGUGCCGGGUGGACGAAGACGGAUGCUACACGGACGAGGUGCACCACGCCCUCCGAGGGCUGCCCGUGCUGACGGCCGGCACGGAGGCGGCGCUGGAGGUCCUGUCCCACGACAUCCUGCACGAGGAGGAGUUCGUGCACAGCUACCCGUACGACUGGCGCACCAAGCAGCCCGUCAUCUGGCGGGCCAGCCAGCAGUGGUUCGUCCACACCGACAGGAUAAAGCACGCCGCCAUGGAGGAGCUGGGAGGCGUGCAGGUGCAUCCGAAGCAUGGCACGGCCGCGGCCAGCGCCAGGAGUCUGGCGUCCCAGUUGGAGCGCCGGCCAUACUGGUGUAUAUCCCGCCAGCGUGUCUGGGGCACGCCCAUCCCCGUCUUCUACCACAGGUCCGACGGCCGGCCGCUGCUUUCCAGAUCGCUGAUUGAGCACUUGUGUCAGCUGAUGGACACUCAUGGACCAGACUUCUGGUGGACUCUGUCGACGGAACAGCUGGUUACGGCAGACUGGCUGGAAGAACAGGGUGUCUCGGUCGAUGACGUUGAGAAAGGCCAGGACAUCCUGGACAUCUGGUUCGACAGCGGCCUGUCGUGGUCGUGGGUGCUGGGAGGUGGCAAGGUCGCCGACCUCUACCUGGAAGGGCUGGACCAGUUCACGGGGUGGUUCCAGUCAUCGCUCAUGACGUCCGUCGCCUUGCAGGGCCGUGCGCCCUACAGAGCAGUGUUUGUGCACGGGUUCGCCGUGGACGAGUCCGGUCGGAAGAUGUCGAAGUCGCUGGGGAACGUCGUCGAUCCACAGGAGAUCAUGCGAGGUGGCAAAGACCCCAAGAAACAGCCUGCUUUUGGGGUCGAUGUUCUCAGGUGGUGGGUUGCCUGCCACGCCACCCAGCACGCCAGCAUCCCGGUGGGCCAGGGCGUGCUCCGGAACAGCGCUGACCACGUGCAGAAGCUGCGCGGCGUGCUGAGGUUCCUGCUGGGGGCCGCCCACGACAUGGCGGCCGCGGGCGACGGUGAAGAACAGUUCUUCGUGCUGGACCGCUACUUGCUGCACACCCUGCAUGAGCUGCACUCCGAGGUGGUAGCAAUGUAUGACAACUACCAGUACAACAGUGUCUGCACCUCACUCGUCAACUACGUGACAAACGAGGUCUCCAACCUUUACUGCAGUCUUUGCAAAGACAGACUGUACUGUGAACUGAAAGAUGACCCACGACGCAGAGCGUGUCAGACCGUCCUGGUUCACAUCUUGGAGGUGCUGACUCAUUGUAUGGCUCCAGUGUUGCCACACUUGGCAGAGGAAGUUUACUUGCACCACCCUCAGUGUCCAGAAGGGCGGUCACUGUUCCGGUCCGGGAGACUGGAGCUGCCGGACAACUGGAGCGACCCUGGUGUCGCCCGUGCCAUGGAAGUCGGCCUGGGCGUGAGGCGGCAAGUGAACAAGUUGGUCCCAGGCAACACUUGGGAAGUGGCCGCAACCAUCAGGGCCUCCGGCGAAGUGUUUGAGACACUCAAGACGUUCCAGCCGGAAGGAGGGGCGAGCACGGACUCCCAGCUGACAGAGCUGCUGCAGGUCUCGGAGGCCCGUCUCCUAGAGGACGGUGGCGGGGGCGAGACGCGGGCGGAGGUGUCCCCUAGCGAGGGCAAGCUGUGCGAGCGCUGCCGGAGGCACACGUCGCCCGAGGAAGGCAGGCCAUGCAGGCGCUGCGAGAAAGUCCUCCGGGCGCUGGGAGCCGCCGCCCGCUGAGUCCCCAAGUUCACUCACGGCCACACAACAGCCAGUAUACUCACAACUGUGAAAAUGUUAGCUUGAAUCAAGCAAAUGUGCACAUUUCAAUAAUAAUUUUAUUUAUUUUUA